UCCGCUCCGCGCCUGGUUGGUGCUGCCGGGGCCGGGGGCGCGGCCAGGCCGGGGCCGUCCCGGUAAAGCGGCGGCGCGGGCGGCGCGGUCCCGCACCAUGGAGGGGCACCUGGCGCGCUGCAAGAUCGUGGUGGUGGGGGACACGCAGUGCGGCAAGACCGCGCUGCUGCACGUCUUCGCCAAGGACUGCUACCCCGAGAGCUACGUGCCCACCGUCUUCGAGAACUACACGGCCAGCUUCGAGAUCGACAAGCAGCGCACCGAGCUCAACAUGUGGGACACCUCAGGCUCUGCAUACUAUGAUAACGUCCGUCCCUUGGCCUACCCGGACUCGGACGCUGUGCUCAUCUGCUUUGACAUCAGCCGCCCGGAGACCCUCGACAGCGUGCUCAAGAAGUGGCAAGGGGAGACUCAGGAGUUCUGCCCCAAUGCAAAGAUCGUGCUGGUGGGCUGCAAGCUGGACAUGCGGACAGACCUGAACACGCUGCGGGAGCUCUCCAAGCAGCGCCUCAUCCCUGUCACACACGAGCAGGGCAGCGCGCUGGCGCGGCAGAUCGGGGCCGUGGCCUAUGCCGAGUGCUCCUCCAAGGUGUCCGAGAACAGCGUGCGGGAUGUGUUCCACGUGACCACGCUCGCCUCCGUCAACCGGGUGCACAAGAACUUGAAGCGCAGCAACUCCAAACGGGGACUGAAGCGGGCGUCACAGAUGCCCGGCAGGACGGACUUACUGAGCGACGCGGAGAUGAGGAAAGAGCGCGCCAAGAGCUGCUCCAUCAUGUGAAAGCCCGGCUGUAAAUAACGUCUGUGUGUUGUCCGUUUUGUACAGGGACUGGCGGGGACAAGGCUGCGUGGCCAGCCUGCCUUUCCAAAGCCUUUCUCUCAAGUCCCUAGGGCUGAGCAAAGGUCCCAGCUGCAAAUAGGGGUGCACAAGUUGCCCCUUCCCAUGGAGACUUCUGGGUUGGCUGCUGCUGCUGCGUGGAUUGCUUGGGGUGAAGGAGCCACUUGGCAGAGUAUUCAGGUGCUGGCAGGUCUGAGACUGGGGGA